UCUUUCAGCGAACGGCGCGGCGCGUAGGCGGCCAAAGUGGCAGUUAUGGCCAUAAAUACAAAUAUAGGGUAACAUGGAGGAUCUUACACGGGAGAAGGCCAUGGCCUUUAAUGCUUUUGAGCACAACAACAACAACAACAUUACAAGCAACAACAAACAAAUGUGUUCCAACAUAGCCGCGACAAAGACCCACAAGCAUCCGCCAAACGGCUUGGCUGCCGCGAUUCUGCCAUGCAUAAAACUGGAUCCGGAUAGCGGCCAGGCUAUCGAAACGGAGCGCUGGCAGCACACGGCCGUAAGCGAUCAUAUGCGGCGUGAGCACUUGAACACCACCAAGCUGUUGCUGCAGGGCUCUGACGAUCCACUGAUCUCGCACGGAGCCAGCAAUGAUGCCCACGAUGAAGAUCAGGAUUAUCCAUUCAAGACGCUGCUGGCUCGCAGAACUGAGGAACAGCAGUCCAUGCAGAACGGCGCAUGCAGCACGCUUACCAAGCAGCAGCUGAAGGCCAAUCUGAUGAGUGCACGCAAAAUCCACAGGCAGCCGGUGCAGGAGUUGUCGCCGCCGAUGCAAAGAACGUCGCGACAGGGCAAAUCGAAGAAGCGGACAACCAACAACGGGGCGAUCAAAUUGCGAUUUCAUCAUCAGGCCCUGCCAGCCGAGUAUGCUGCCCAUUACGAGGCAACGCAGAGACGCCACAUGUCCGGCGCCAAAACAGUUCCACCAGCGCCCGCUGUGAAGGCCGCACACCCGCCACAGAACCAGUCGCACGAGAACGUGCGCAGCUGGCUGAGAAAGAUAGCCGAGAUACAGCGGAGCGCCGAGCGUCUGCAACAGGCCCAGGAAUCCAGUAAAGAGCCCCAGCCGCGAUCAGUAAUGGGAGCAGCUGCAACAACGCCGCUAGAGGCAGUGCAUGAGGUGACAGGCCCCAAGCGCGGUGUCAUUAAAUAUGCCGAUCUGCCCUACAUGGGCGAAAUCACCUUGGACAACUACAAACCCCGACGUGGGCGCAAGCCAAAGAAGGCUGACAUAUGUCAUCUGAUCUACAAGAACUACGGCACCAUUAUACCCGCAUCGAACACGUCAGCAGAGCAUUUUCCAAUGGUUGAAUCGAAGCACUCGCCUGCUGCGCAGUCUCACACUUGUGCAACUGCAUCGGUACUUGCGCAGCGAGUUGUGUCUAGGACUGCCCCUGCCGUUGCGGCAGAGGAGCCACUGAAUCUCUGCAUGCGGGAUCAGUCAGGUGACCGGUACUCAAUCUCGAGCGGCGACAGUGAUAAGCCCUCGACAGUUACUAAUGCAACUACACCAACUACCGAGUGUGGCAGUUCCUCGCAACGGGCGACACCCCUGACCGAGGAUCAUUUAUCUACUAAGCCUGUAUCACUAAGGUUUUCUGGAGAGGAACCCAGGGUCGCCGGAAAACUGCUCUUACAGCCUUCGGGGCUGUACUACCAGCAACUAAUGGAAAGCUGCCGCCUGGGCGUGGCAGUAGAGACCAUUGAAAAAGACAACCAGCUAGCCCUAAAGAUUCCCCUACCAAAUGGAUUCUUUGCCACCACAAGCACCAUAUCCGACAAGCGGGAGACGCUGGAGCAGAAUAUCGAUGCUGCAACAUCGCCUGCGAUGCGCAAGCGUAAGCGUUCAGCGAUCUUUAUACCGCCCAUGCCGGCCGAGCACAGCUCCAGCCCCUCCACUGAGGUCAGCAUUUGCAAGUUUAAGUUCACAGGCGGGGCUAAACCCACGUUGGAGGAAAAGAAGAUGCUGUCGGUGGAUGCGGAGGGCAACUAUCGCUAUUACAAUGGCACCGGCGAUAGGACAUUGCGUGGCUACGAGUUCAUAUCACGGGAGCAACAACAACAACUACAACAGCAACAACAACAAAUUCAGUCAACAAAUUCAUCCAAUGACAAACUUUAUAUCGAUAUACCACCGCCUUCGACGGAUCUCAGCCUGGAACUGUUGCACAUACCACCCGAAUCUCCGACAUCUUCGCUUCUGCUGCCCAGCAGCCUGGUGCCAGUAGAAUCGCAAAGCCCGUCCAGUUACUCCAACUCACAUAGCCCAAUGCGACUCACCACGCCACACCCAGAGGAUUGCCACAAGCCGAUAGAUCCGUCCGAGCAACUACACAGAACACUUUUGAGUCCAAAGCUCGAGACAUCUGCGUCUGCGGGAAAACGGCGUUCGUCACGCCGCUCGAAGCAGCGCGAAAAACUAGAAAAGACAUUUAAGGAGAAGGGAUUCCUAAUACAAACGCAACAACUGCAAUCGGCCGAGGGAGCCACCUACUGCAAGUUUAGGCAGUUGAAGAAGUUUACGCGCUACCUGUUCCGCAACUGGAAGGAUCACAUACCGGAGAGUGACCUUUGCAAGCAUCGCGCCAAGGAUGGCGUUGCUCGCGAGCAGCACACCGUCCUCGAGAAUAUACUGGCCGGACAAAUUAGCCUAGGUGUGGAGAAUCUGUCAGCAAGCCAAGCUGCAGCCAACCAGGCCACUUAGAGCAACCCGACGAGCUUUACUUAGUUUACGCCGAACACACUGCCAAAGAUUGAUAGAUGUAAGAAAGAAUUGUCAGCACAAACGAAGAAAAGUUUUGGCAAGACAGCAAUUAUCUAAAUACUAUGUUGAUUCCGUCCAAGCUGGCUACUUAAUAUAGUUCAUGGCCACGCCUCUAGUCGUUCA